CCCGUUGUUUCCCAAAAAUCUUGGAUACUCUUCUUUUCUCGUUUCGCAAUGGCGGUUGAUCUGACCCCAAGGCAGCCGAGCAAGGCGUACGGCGGCGAUGGCGGCUCCUACUACGAGUGGAGCCCCGCGGAGCUGCCCAUGCUCGGCGUCGCAUCCAUUGGCGCCGCCAAGCUCUCGCUCGCCGCUGGCGGCAUGUCCCUCCCCAGCUACUCCGACUCCGCCAAGGUCGCCUACGUCCUCCAAGGCAAGGGAACCUGUGGCAUCGUCCUGCCUGAGGCCACAAAGGAGAAGGUGGUCGCCGUGAAGGAGGGCGACGCUCUGGCGCUCCCCUUUGGCGUACAAACCUGGUGGCACAACACCCCUGAGUCCGCAACUGAGCUCAUCAUCCUCUUCCUCGGUGACACCUCCAAGGGCCACAAGUCUGGCCAGUUCACCAACUUCCAGCUCACUGGCUCCAGCGGCAUCUUCACUGGCUUCUCCACGGAGUUCGUUGGUCGCGCCUGGGACCUCAAGGACGCGGACGCUGCCAAGCUCGUCUCCACGCAGCCUGCUUCAGGCAUCGUCAAGCUCGCCGCCGGUCAGAAGCUUCCGGAGCCAGUCCCUGAGGACCGAAAGGACAUGGCGCUCAACUGCCUCGAGGCCAAGCUGGACGUGGACAUCCCAAACGGUGGCCGCGUGGUGGUUCUCAACACCGUGAACCUGCCCCUGGUGAAGGAGGUCGGGCUGGGUGCCGAUCUCGUUAGGAUCGAUGCCCACUCCAUGUGCUCCCCAGGCUUCUCCUGCGACUCGGCGUACCAGGUGACCUACAUUGUCCGUGGCAGUGGUCGGGUGCAGGUCGUCGGCCCUGAUGGCAAGCGUGUUCUAGAGACCCGCAUCGAGGGCGGCAGCCUCUUCAUCGUGCCGCGCUUCCACGUCGUCUCCAAGAUCGCUGAUGCCUCCGGCAUGGAGUGGUUCUCAAUCAUCACCACGCCCAACCCGAUCUUCAGCCACUUGGCGGGGAAGACCUCGGUGUGGAAGGCCAUCUCCCCGGAGGUGCUGGAGGCGGCGUUCAACACAACGCCCGAGAUGGAGAAGCUGUUCCGGUCCAAGAGGCUCGACUCCGAGAUCUUCUUCGCCCCCAACUAGGAAGCCAUUCAUUCAUGCGUCGGCCAUUCGUUUUAGGAAAAAAUAAAUAUGUUUAGGAGAUCGAUUUCAGUUAAGCUAGCUUCUUGUGAUUAGUUUGUAAACAGCGUGUGUGUGGCCGUCUAGAGUUCGAGCUGGUUUCAGAACUGAUGAAUGCAAUUGAUAUAUCGUUCGAUGA